UUUGCUGAUUUAGAGAUGUUGUUACUGUAAGAAACAAAAAUAAAUGAAUAAAUGAUGUUAUCUGUAUGAUCAUGGAUAUAGCUAAACGAUCAGUAUCAUCUGCAUGUCAACAAUCUACAAAAACAACAACAAAUCAUCAACAACAACCAUCAAUGUCAUCACGUAAUUUGUCAGGUAUUAAUACAGCCGGUUAUUCAUCAUCGGAAUUUUCAUUUCCAAAUUCUUCCGAUUCUUACAUAACGGAUCUAAUAGGUCAAUCACAAUCAAAUUCAAGUCCAACUCAUCAAUAUGUAAAACCGCCUGCACCAUUACCACCACCAUUAAUGUUACAACAACAAAGACAGCAAAAAUGUUUAUCAAAUUUUUUAAAUGAUACAUUUGCCUGUUCAAAUACACAAUCACCUCAACCACAAUCACCAGGACCAUCUUCAUCAUUAGCCGCAUCUACAUCGAUUACUGGUUUUAGCAGUACAAGCGGUAGUUGUAGUGCUUCUCUUAUGAAUGGAUUUAAUCAGGAUAUACCAAAUCUGACAGAAGUUGCGCCAUCUCGAUCUCAAUGGUAUCAUGGUCGUUUGGAUAGAAAAGAAUCAGAAGGUCGAUUAAUUCGUUGUACAUUGCAAUCAUAUUUAAUUCGAGAAUCGGAUCGAAAACCAGGGUCUUAUGUAUUGUCGUUUCUUGGACUUACCGGUAUCAAUCAUUUUCGUGUAACUGCUAUUUGUGGUGAUUAUUAUUUUGGUGGUAAACAAUUUAGCUCUCUUGAAGAAUUAGUUGGUUUCUAUACGAUAUGUUCUGAUUUAUUGAAAAAUGAACGUCUUGUUAAUCCAGUUCCACCACCUGAACCGAUUCGAAAUAAAGAUCGUCGUGUGGUUGCUAUACUACCUUAUACAAAAAUGCAUGAAACAGAUGAACUUAGCUUUCGAAAAGGCGAUAUUUUUAUUGUUCACAAUGAAAUGUCUGAUCGUUGGCUUUGGUGUACGAAUCUCCGGAAUCAAGAAUCCGGAUUAGUAUUUGCCGAUCUAGUCGAACAAGUGGAUGAUGACACUGAUCCAAACGAAGUGUACGGCUGGUUUCAUUCACGAAUUACCAAAGAAGAAGCAUUUGAAAAAUUAGCUCGUUCUGGACCAGGAUCGUUUCUGGUUCGACCUAGCGAUAAUUCACCAGGAGAUUAUUCAAUAUUUUUUCAUGUUGAUAAUUCGGUCCAACGAUUCCGUAUCGAACGUCAUAGCGAUAAAUAUGUGAUGGGUGGCCGUAUUUUUCCUACACUUGAAGCCGUUAUACAACGAUAUAAAGAGGAACAGAUUGUAGAAGGUCAUCGAUUAUUGAAACCAGUAAUAAAAGCACCAUAUGAAACACGAUGGUCUGCUAGUCGAGCGGAAGAACUUCGUUCUACCGCCGAUAGUAUAUAUGCUACUAUUCGUGAAUGUCGUGAAAUGGCACAAUCUUGUCAAGAUGGACAGAAACGAGGUUAUUUAUAUAAAAAAUCCAAUAAAUCGAAAAAAUGGAAAAAUCUUUACUGUGUAUUGAAUGCUAAAGAGGCAAUGCUAUAUUUUUAUGAUAGUCCAAAACGUGCACGUCCAAAAUCGAUUGUUCAUCUUUCAUAUUCGGCUCUUUAUAUGGUACACGAUUCUUUAUUUGAUCGAUCAAAUUGUUUCCAAUUGGUUGAACGAACUUUACCAUGCAUUUCUACCAUUUAUUACCUGAGUGCUUCUGAUCAAGACCAAGCACAAGAAUGGAUGCAAGCAAUAAGGCCUCAAUGUUCGCCCAAUUUAUCGACUGUCAAUUCGAGAAUAUUCCGUGCUGUUCAUGAAGAUCCACAUUUUGGGACAGCUGCAUUCAAUGGUGCUGCAGCAGUUGCAGCUGCUGCAACGGGCAUCGUUGAUGAAUCGGUCAGUCCGACUAGAAAAGUAGGUUCUAGCUUUAAUAGUUCACCUGCUGCAUCGGCAAGCGGAGCCAAAGGUGUUUCUCGUUUACGUUCAUUGUAUAUAACCAUGAUUGAGGCACAUCGUCUUCCAGUUAAAAUUACUCCCCAUCCAUUUGUUGUGAUUUCAUUAAACACGGUCAAAGUAGCACAAACUUCAGUCAAAUGUCCACCGGAUCCAAUUUGGGAAGAAGAUUUUGUUCUUGAAGACAUUCCGGCAGAUGUGACCUAUUUUAAAUUGACUUUGCUAAACAAAGGCAAACGAUCGAAAGAUUCAGAAUCGGCUGAAAUUAAUAUCGAACUUAGCCGUUUUCAAUCGGGAGAAGAAUUUGAAGAAUGGCUUCAUUUUUCUGGCCUAACAUUACUGACUCGUGAUUGGGGAUCGGUUCGUGUUCGUGUUCGUUUUGUUAAUGAACUUAUCAUGCCAUUAGCUGAAUAUUCACCACUCAAAGAUCUUUUAUUGGGUGAUGAUCUUGAAGUUAUUGCCAUGUGUGAAAAACUUUGCUAUCAUGAUCGUUCGACAUUAGCCGCAGCUUUGCUGAAAAUAUCUCGCUAUCAAAGACGCGAAUGUCAUCUUAUUCAGGCUUUAUUGGAACGAGAAAUUCAACUUGAAACGGAUGUUUCGUGUUUAUUUCGACCAAAUUCUUUGACAACAACAUUGAUCGAUCAAUACAUGAAAGCGACAUGUCAGGAUUUUCUUGUCAAAUCUUUAACCGAUCCGAUUAACAAAGUUUUCGAUUCUAAGGCAUCAUGUGAAUUGAAUCCGGCUAAGCUUGAUUCUCCAAGUGAAGCUUGUUCAAAUGCUGAAAACUUGCUUAAUAUUUUGGACGAAAUUGUUGAAGUGAUAUUUUCAAAUGCUCACCACUGUCCACCAACUGUUCGAUACAUUUGUGCAUCGAUCAAAAGAGCUGUCAGUCUAAAAUGGCCAAACGAUCAAUUAGUUCGAACACGCGCUGUUUCAGCAUUUAUUUUUCUUAGGCUUAUCUGUCCGGCAAUAUUAAAUCCUCGACAUUUUGGUCUUAUAUCUGAAAUGCCAUCGGAAACAGCAUUAAGAACAUUGAUUUUGGUAGCUAAAUCAUUACAAAAUCUUGCUAAUCUCGUUGAAUUUGGAACAAAGAGCAUUUUCAUAACGCCUGAUCGAUUCGAACCGCCUCCGCCUCCUAAUGUUAAACGGGAACCUUGGAUGGAAGUAGUGAAUCCAUUUAUAUUAAAAAAUAAAUCUCGUAUGAUCAAAUAUAUUGAUGAACUGGCAUCAUCAUCAUAUUGUUCUAGUAAUAAUAAUAAUAAUAAUAAUGGUGGUAUUGAUCAAAUGGAACCAGAUUUGAUAAUCAAAUGUCAACCAGAUCGUGAAUUGGCUACCAUACAUUCGAUAUGCGAAACACAUCUGUCACAGAUUCAAAUACAGGCACAUAAUAAUGCAACAUUAAAAAAAUUGGCCACUGUCAUCGAAAUGUUGACCGCCCAUAAACAUAAAUAUAUGGACAUGAUUUAGAGAAAAAACAAACCAAAGAAUAAAAUUGUCAUCAUAUGUAAAACUCGAUAUUUAUGACCAACCAAUGGACUUACAAACCAAUCCCAAAAAAAUAAUAAAUGAAAAUCC